AUGGGAACUCUGAGUUCAGACACUGCCGCCGAUAUCAACACACUGUCUGAAUAUCUAAGCGACGCAGAAAUCCAAGUCCUAUCCUACAUACCCUCCGUGGACUAUGUAGUUCUUUGCGCAUCACAGGUUCUACACGGUGCAGAGGUCAUCUUUAAAGCGCUCCAAGAAAGACCUGCCCUUGCAAAAUGCUUGGUACUUUGUGGUGGCAUCGGUCACUCUACCCACCUUCUCUACAGUGCUAUCGCACAACAUCCUCACUACUCGGUCCUUGCCCAUGAUAUCGACGGUCUUCCAGAGGCACGAAUCCUGGAGAGAAUUCUGGACAGAUUCUUUGAUAGAAUAGCCAUUACAUCACAAGGAUGCCAAAUUCUCAUUGAGGAUCAAUCAACCAAUUGUGGACAAAAUGCUUCUUUCAGCCGUCGUGUACUUGAACAAGCCGGGCUCUCAGCCCCAAAAAGAUUAGUGAUCAGCCAAGACCCGACGAUGAUGUUAAGGACAAAGGCCUCAUUCCAGAAAGUUUACGAUGACAUGCCUUCAUCUGUCUCAUUCUUAAGCUUUCCGGUCUUCGUCCCAAAGGUUCAACUAUCUCAUACCCACGUCCUGGAAUGGAUGCCUUUGGGAGUUUCAUGCGAGCUGUGGAGCCUUCAGCGCUUUAUUGAAUUGAUUCUCGGAGAGAUACCAAGGAUACGAGACGAUGAAAAUGGUUAUGGACCGCGUGGGCGGGGCUUUAUCUCCCAUGUUGACCUUCCGAUGGAAAUUGAGACGGCCUGGUCUCGACUUGUUGUCGCAUUCGAACAUCAAAAACUUAGAUGA